AUGGAACAGUAUAGCGAUCAGGCUCGUCUACAAACGAUAAAUCGGCUUAAUGAUCGGAUUCAUAAACGGAUCAUGAAUAACUAUCGAAAUACUACUGAUCCAGUGGCUGGUGAGGGAGCGGCGGUGAUUGACGAGAGCUUCCGAUUCAUCGAUGAUGAGCAGAGCAAGUCAAGAGUGACCAGACCUGAACCGAUAGCUGAAGAGACCGAACAUGUUGAUCCAUUCAUCUCGCAUAGGAACUCUAGUGGAGAAAUAGAAGCCGUGUACGAACGACGAUUGCCAUGCGGGGCUGCCAUGUCAGGUAGCUCCGCCCACAAUAUUAACUUGUGGGCGGGACUACCUGGCAUGGAGCUUGCAUUUGCAUCACAUAUGGGUGAUCCAUGUAGUCAUGUGUUGAAGUUCACCAUAUUGAGGAUCAGCGAGGAUGGCUCCCACUAAUAUGUACGACUGCCUCGAUGGCGUCCUCCACUGAGGACAUACACACAUUACGAUAAGAUUCGUGGAAAUAUUGAUAGACAACGUUACGGAAUGGCAGAUGAGCCUCGUCCGAGUUUUCUCCACCGAUCUCCACAGUUCUACGACAAAUGCGAUCUCUGCGUAUUUCAAGUAUUUCGGCCAGGUUAUCACUGCCCUGCUUGUGGACGUGGUGAGACCCUGAGAUCCUGGGCUGCUCCGCCAGCAGAAACCUCUAUUCAUAUACCAUCGCAAAUUCUAAAUGUACGAGCCUUGAAUAUGCAACGGCACGAUGACUCUCCUCGGGAACUGCCAUCAAAGUACUUCUCUACUGAAUUCCGAGAACUCUACCCAAUAUCUCGACGUCUUAGCCGCCGCCAAACGAAGAGCCCUGUCUAUCGCUAUGGUUCAACCAUGCCACCAGCCCUAUACGACUAUGAUGUUUGGGCGUGCCGACAGGAUAGACGUUCGUUGAUAACACAUGCUGCGAUUUUAGCCUUGGUUCUAUUCUCAGUAGCAUUUGUCAUUUCGGCUGGAGUUAUACUUGUUGUUACUGUCGCAUAA